AUGGCUACGUUGUGGUGGCAUCAGACGGUCCAGAUGGAUUUGGAUGGCUACGCUGUGGUGGCAGCGGACGGGCCAGGCGAGUUCCCCAUCAUUGCUGAGGCGCGUGCGGGGGAUGAUGCAGCCAAUGUGGUGGUGACACCUGGCACCGUCGCUUACAUCACCACGGGAGGCCCGGUUCCCCAGGGUGCGGACGCGGUGAUUCAAGUGGAGGACACGCUUCCUGUUGACUCCUCCAGUGGUCAGAGGCGUGUGACUAUAGUGAAGGGCGCUACCGUGGGGCAAGACAUCCGCCCUGUGGGCUCGGAUCUUGCUGCUGGCACAGUGGUGCUGCAGGCAGGCGAGCGCGUUGGGCCAGCGGAGAUAGGGCUGCUGGCAACGGUGGGGGCAGCACACGUGCACGUGCACUGGCAGCCGCUGGUGGCAGUCCUCUCCACAGGAGAUGAGCUAAUAGACCCCGCACAGAAUGGCAGUGCCACUCUCCCUCGCGGCAUGAUAAGGGACGCCAAUCGCUCCAUGCUGUUGGCUGCUGUGCGCCAACACCUGGGAGCAGCCUCGGCACCACCAGCAGCAUCAGAAGAAGCAGAACCAUCAGCAGCACAAUCAGCAGCAAGCUGUCCGGCCCCUCAGGAUCUGGGAAUAGCAGCGGAUACAGAGGAGGCCGUGGCAGCAGCGUUUGAGAGGGCACUAGCAGCGAGAGCGGAUGUGGUGGUGGCGUCUGGAGGAGUGUCCAUGGGCGAUAGGGACUUUGUCAAGCCAUUACUUGAGCGGCUGGGGACUGUUCACUUUGGUCGGGUACACAUGAAGCCAGGAAAACCGCUCACUUUUGCAACCAUCGAAGCCCCCUCAGAUAAGACGGAUGGCGCCGCCCAGCCGCACCGAACGAUAGUUUUUGGGCUGCCCGGGAAUCCGGUCAGCUGCAUGGUGUGCUUCAACCUGUUUGUGCUGCCCGCUAUCCGGCAGAUGGGGGGUUGGCGCCAUCCCCUACUGCACAGGGUGCAGGCCCACAUCUCCUCUGCUCUCCGCUUGGACCCUGACCGCCCCGAGUACCACCGGGCGUCCCUCCGCUGGGAGCCAAACCAAAGCGCUGGUGCUGCUUCCGCCCCUGCUGUUGCUGCUGCUGUUGCCUCUCCUUCCACUGCUGGUGCUGCUGCCUCCACUGUGGGUGCGGGUGUGCGAGUGGCGAUUCUGACUGUCAGUGACACGGUGGCGGCAGGCCUAGCAGCAGAUGCCAGUGGCCCCAGGGCAGUGCAGGCAGUGCAGUCACUGCUGCCAGCAGCAGCAGUGGUGGCGACGGCUGUUGUUCCAGACGACCCAGACAAGAUAGCAGCGCAGGUUAAGGCGUGGGCAGAUGGGGGAGGAAUUGCUGUGUCAACUAGUGAGGAAGCGGGUGUGGCAGCAGUGGAUGUGAUUAUAACGACAGGGGGCACGGGGUUCUCUCCCCGGGAUGUCACUCCUGAAGCCUGUGCGCCGCUCUUCCACCGCUCUGCACCGGGCCUCACCCAUGCCAUGCUGCAGGAGAGCCUCAGGAUCACGCCCUUUGCCAUGCUCUCGCGCAUGGCUGCUGGCAUUAGAGGCUCCACUCUGAUCCUCAACCUGCCUGGCAACCCUAAUGCGGUGUCAGAAUGCCUGGCUGCUCUCAUGCCUGCUCUUCCCCAUGGCUUGAAGCAGCUGAAAGGGGACAAGCGGGAGAAACACCCCCGCCACACGCCCCACCCUGGCAUAGCCAAGUGA